AGGACUCAGGAGCGGGUGGUCAUUAUUUAAUGGGAUCUAUGAUUAGAUGAAGUUGAUGUUGAAGAUGUAAAUAAGCUUGAGGGGAGGACGGAGAAGAACGAAUAGCACGAAAAACUUGGAAAAAAAAUGUCGUCCUUCUUCAUCACCGAGCAAGAGCCUAAUUCCGCCGACGAGGCGCACACCGCCGGCGGACACGAAGGCGGCAAUUCUACUCCAGAAGACUACGAAGACCAUGCACGGCAAGACCUCUCCACGCCAGAAGAAAUAAAUCCGAGAAAUAACCAGAACAACAAGCAGCUCGCGACCAUAAAUCAACCGACCAAACCGAAGACCAACAAGAACAAGCUCCCCGCCGAGCACGCCAAUGUGAAACAGGGCACUUCGUUCUGGGUCGCCGAGCCGUCGCUGAUUUGCCGCGCCGGGCCGGAGUUGGAAACCCCCGAAACCUCGGAUCCAUGUGGGCGAAACCGGAUCGUGUACUGCGCGGGGAAGUUGGUGCAACUCCCGAACGGCAUCGUCCGAAUGCCGAUCACGAAAACGGACGACAGGCUCCACGAGAAGUUGUCGAAUUUGCAGCGGCAGAAGUUGGUCCACUGGGUGACGUUGGACGCUUCGUCUGUCGACUAUGAACAGGAAGAACCCAUUCCCAUCCAUUUUUUGCAUGACAAACAAAGGAUUUUGAUACGUGUUUUGCAUGACAAAUUGGAUGGGGACGGGUUUUUUUCUGUGGAUAUCGAUUGGCGGAAAAAGCACAUGCUGGUUAUCAAAGUGAAAAAAGCCCCCACCCCAUAUCGGAAACGGAAGAUGCGCGAAUUUGUGAUGCUGUAUUUGAGUACUUACACAAAUCGACUUGUAUUGCUAGAAGGCCAAGAGCCAAAGCUGUAGCCUAAAUUGCAGGUAAUCUUCUGUCAUGCUGUUUCCCACUUCCAGUUGCCUCCUGUCAUCCUGGAGCUGCAAGGCUUUCCCACGCUAGACAGCGCUACAGUCUGCAUCUUUUGCCUUCUAGCAUUACAGAGCUGAUUUGUGACCACAAAUCUGCAUCACAGAUUUCCGUUUUGAUAUGGGGAGGGGGCAUUUUUAAUUGUAAUACUGGUCGAAGUGGGAGACGAGUUGCUGUUCUUCAAGGUCUUUCUCAUGCAGAAGUACGCAGCAAAAGAUACAGCAGCUUCCAACGCGGGCACACCUUAUCCAAGGAAAAAAGUGUGUAAGUGUAACUUUUUUGCAGGAACAGCAUCACAGAUUUGUUUUGCAUGACAGAGAAAACCUGCCAUGCGUAGCUAGUACGCGAAAACACGUAUGAAAAUAGCCUGUGAUGCACAUCCAGCAUGACAAGUGUAGCUGUAUUGCAACAUCUGCAACACAAAGUUACACUUACACAGUUUUUUUCUUGCAUACACCUGCGGGCGGGUUCAGUGCGGACGGGGGAGCUGAGCAGGAUCUAGAUCUGUUGAAGCAGUCCUCUUUGUCCACCUCUGCAUGGUACGCGUUUUAUCGGGAUAUGGACCGGAAUAACAACAACCUCGUCUCCAUGAUCGAAUUCGAAGCGGUAUUGUGAGGAAAAAUCUUUCCUCCCCAUAUUGAAAGCGCAUCCAUCUUCUGGAAACUUGUGAUGCAGAUUUGUGAACACAAGUCGCGUCUGUCUUGCAAGAGGGCAAGUGCAGGCUGUCCGGCACGUUAUGCAGGCGAUUUGUAAUGCUGCAAGCCCUACAGGGCAGCCGUCUGCCAUGCUAGGCGCCUACACCAAAAGGCCCCGCCCUAGGGUUGCGAUCUGACUGCGUGCAGUGCUCUACUGCAACACGGAUUUGAUUUGUGUACUCAAAUACAGCAUCACAAAUUUCUUUGUCGAUAUGGGGAGGGGGGAUCUUUCCUUCUGAUAAGCGGGGUUGCUUUCUUUAAAAUACCCCGACGAAUCCACGGACGCGUCGAGUCGGAAGAAUAUCCUGUGCAAAAGUACCGUACGCGUAGUAAUUGCAAGCAUGGAUGACAGGGUAAAUCCGCGCUACAAAUUGUUCCAUGUGUCAUGCUGAGCCAAGUUGUAUAUGCAAUUUCUAGUAUUAUUACCUAGGUAGUGCGAUGCUUUUGCAAUGCAUAAAGAGAAGGAAGAAGCUACUCCAGUUGUUAGAUAAGGACGGCUCCGGCGAGCUGACAUUUGAGGAAUUCGGGCAGGUCCUCGGGUUCAGCGAAAAGGAAAUCUACAAGGCAAAGGAUGACUACCAGAAGAAAAACCUCGGGAAAGACGUAUGCAAUGUAAAAGCAUCGUACUAGUAUGAAUUGCAUUACAAAUUAGCCCAGCAUUACAAAUUGAAUUUGUAAUGCUGAUUCACCUUGAGAAAGAAAUUUGUAAUGCAUGCAUGCAAUUACUACGAAUACGAUGUUGCUUUUGCUCAGGAUAAGACGGGGUGAAUCGCAAUAUCCGGUGGAGCGCGACGGAAGAAUUUGAUUUCCACGCGAGAAUCAAAGAGUACGGCAGGAGGUCCCGGAGCACCACGCCGUCGCAGCGGCACUUAUCCUGAGUAAAAGCCCCACACCCCAUAGUCAAGUUGGGAAACCUGCAAUACAAAUCAACAAGCUUUGGCUGUUGCCCAUCACAGGUUUUGGCUUGCAAUGUGAUCGCGUUUAGCUAGCGCAGCUGCGUCACAAAUCUAGCAUCUUAUGCUGAUACGAGCAUCACAAAUUUCAAAACAGCACUAGAGAUGAAUGCGUCCUCUCAUGGGGCUCCUCCGCAUGAGAAACAUUUUAAGCAUGCAGAUUUGCAUGACAAGAACUAAGUAAGUAUGGGGUGUGACGUUUUUCCUCAGGAUAGCACUCGAAGAAGAUCUACACGGACGAAUCCGUGCGGAAAAAUAUUACAGUGAAAAAUGCCCCCACACGUCCGAAAGUUGCAAUAAUUUGUGAUGCGAAGUUUCCAAAUGAAAACUUUUUGUCAUGCGUGAAAGAACUAUGAGUCUUACCUUUCUGAUGCAGAGUCUAGUCGUAUACAGCAUCGCUUGCACCAUCACAAGAGCUGCUCUUGCUGGGAUCUUUUGCAAUGCAAAUCUUUGCUAUUCACGAUUGAAGAUCUGUGAUGCUGAUACAUGCAAGAGAGCGAGUGUUUCCUUUGGAAAGGUUUGCAAUACAAAUGCUUGAAGUUCAUCUGGGGUGGGGGCAUCUUUCAUUGUCAUAAAAAAGCACAUGCGCAUGAUCUCUGCCAGCGACAUGUCGCCGGUGCCGCUGUAUUGUGAGGAAAAAUCCCCCCUCCCCACAGUGCUCAAAACGGAAAUCUGUAUUGCUGAUUUGUGACCACAGAUCGUCUCUCUCUUGCAAGAAGGCAACUACGUCAGAGGUGUCCGUCGCACUGCGCGGCGGAUUUCUGAUGCUGUUGGACCUUCAUGGCAGCCGUCUAGCAUGCGAAACAGAGACUAUACGCAAACAGCCCCAGCACAACUCAGGCUUGCAACCUGCCUGCGAUUCCAUCCUGCAAGACAAAGCGAAUUCGUGGACACCAAUCCAGCAACAGAAAUUUCCGUUUCAAGAUGGGGACGAGGGAUUUUUCAUUUUCAUAGGCUCCUGCCGGGUGGUCGGGUGUCGAAAUCAGCUUCUUCAAGUAGGUCGAGAACGAAUUUGAGCUCCGCGGGAACGGGAACAAACAAGUCCAUGACGAACCAGUCCUUGACAGACGAAUCAACGCAGCAGGGCGGUGGAACGACGUUGCAAGACCACGCUUUUCCCGAAAUGGAGCAGCAAGACGGGCGGGGAACGAACUAUAUAUGCAAUGCAAAAGCAUCGUGCUCGUAUAAAUGCAUUACAAAUUUCCUCUGCGUGGUGAGAAAUAAAAUCUGUAAUGCGGAUUUACCUUGCCAAAGAAAUUUGUAACGCAUGAUUGCAAUUACUACGACUACGAGUACGAGUACGAUAGUUUUGCACAGCAUACUACAAUCGGUUUAGCAACGACAACAUGCAACAGGGGCAGCAAAGUGCUGGACAGCAUAGUCUAUCAAAUGUAAAAAUGUCUGGGUCUGGAAGAAUGCAUGUUUGUCAUGCUUGUCUGGCAUGACUCUUGAAUCUGUCAUGCAAGUUACCCAAGAGCCCCAUUUUUCUGUGAUGCAGAAGCGCACUUUGUCAUGCAGAAUAGGCAACACCUGGAAGCUCAGAAACUUGUGAUGCUGAGCCAGCAUUUCUGGCCUCAUCAUGAGACGCCACCCAGCAUCACAAGUUUCCAGACCCAGACAUUUUUACAUUUGAUAUAGUCAACAUAUGAAGAAAUCCAGCUCUGCAGGGACCACAAAUUCAGCUCCUAUCAAACGCAAAAAUGUCUGGGUCUGGAAGGAUGCGAACUUGUGAUGCAUACUUGGAUCACACAAAAAUCUGUCAUGCUUAGACAGCAAAGGGAGCUUGCUCCUUUUCCUGUCGCCGAAAGAAGAUGCUUGUCAUGCGGAUUAAGCAUUGCGAAACUGUCUCAAAACCUGCGAUGCUAGGCCUUGCAUGGCACACCUUCUGUGUCAAGCAGACACAGCAUCACAAACCUCAGCAACCUUCCAGACCCGGAUAUUUUUGCAAUGUAUAGCUCCUUCGACGAGACAACAACAGCUGAGUUCCGCUGGCGGCGGAGCGAACAGUGCAACUACCGGGAAUAAUGCGAUGGAGCUCAUUCCCUUGCAGGAAGACCAGCAGAUGACAAUGAUCUCCGAGACAACGACAAUUAUCAACCGGUCCGCAACUAUGGAACUGUCAGGAUCGAAAUCAACAAAAUCGAAAUAAUUUGUGAUGCAUAAAAUAGAUACCAGUUGGAGCCUCAGUUUCCAAGUGGCGCAUGACAAAUUUCAGGAGCUGCACCAAAAUCCAGUCUGUCAUGCUGUUUGGGCAAAGAAGGCUGCUCCUGUCGUGCUACUCUGGCAGCACAUCGCCUUCCCCUAAACAGGCUUGCAUCGGUCUCAUUUGCCUGCUCCCCAACACAGGCCUUACUUGCCCAACAUUUUAUGCAUUACAAAACUUUUCGAAUUUAUCGCUUUCGAUCCUGACACAUCCAUAGCAACCGCACCGACCAAAACUACUGCCGAAGAGCCGCCAAAGGAAUUCGACUACGCCGCUUUUGUAUCGCAAGAAAAAACUGUUCCACUGUGAACUUGUGAUGCAUAAAAUGGAAGAUUGAACUAUUUGUCUUGCUACUUCUGCAAGGCAUCGGAUUUUUAAGCGUGUUUUCCCUAUGGGAAAUGCGCGCACGGCAUGUGUAACAAACUUGUGAUGCAGAUCUUGCAAAAUGAAAAUUAUCACAGUGAAGCAGUUUUUUCGUGGGAUAGUUUAAGAAGAAGCAGCAAGCACCAAGCACUGCGCCAACAACGCUAACCGACACGAAAAACCAGAACAAUCCAGGGUUCAGUCGGAAGUCCCACAUUGUUGACCACCCAUAUCGUACGAAAAAAGUGUUUCACUGAAAGGAUUUUGCAAGUUUUGCAUCACAAGUUUGUUCUGCAUGACAGAGAAAAUUUGCCCUGCGAGAUUUCCAAGGGAAAGCACCGCUAAAGAUCCAUUGUCUUGCAUGUGUGGCAAGACAAACACUUCUGAGAUACAUUUUCUGCAUUACAAGUUCACAGUGAAACAGUUUUUUCUUGCGAUAACCCGAAACGGUGGACCAAUCGGUACGGGCACGUGGAUCCGAAAACGCCGAAGCAGUUUCGCGACUCGUUUGACGGAUUCGGGUUGUUUUCUACGGAGCAUUUGAUCAUGCAACAGGAGUGGAAGAUCCCGCCCGGUACGGGGGAGGACGACUUUUCCCAAUCGAAAUGGCGAUCGUCCGGUGCACCGCCCAAUUGGGUCGACCCGAAGAAGGCGCUGCAGAAGAAGAAGGACAACAUGAUCAUCGAAAUGAAACUGUUCCGGGAUUUAUCAACUUCAAAUAUGUCUGGGUCUGGAAACUUGUAAUGCUGAGCUGUGAGAAGCAAGUAGUGAAUUCUCUGUAAUGCACAGCCAAGCAUGAGAAAUCUUUGCGCUGCUUAGUGUUACGCUUUCCGCAUGACAAAGUGCGUUUUGCAUGACAAGCAAGAAGGUCUCUUCUUGGACACGCAUCACAAACUCUUCCGUCAUGCCAAGCAAGCAUGACAAACCUUGCAUCCAUCCCGACCCAGACAUAUUUGCAAUGCAUAGGAUUUUCUGGAGUCCAAAUACGGGGCGUACGGCUAUGAAGGGAUGGAGCGGAUUAUCCUGAGGCAAAACGAUCCCACCCCAUAGUCAAGAUGGGAAAUCUGCUACACAAAUCCCUAAGCUUUGGCUGUCGCGCAUGACAAAUUUGGGCUUGCAAUGUACUUUCGUGUUUAGCUUGUGCAGCAGCGUACCAGAUCCAGUUUGUCAUGCUGAUUCGAGCAUGACAAAUCUCACAGCACCACCGGGAAACGCCUCUCAUCCUCAUGGGUCUCCGCAAGAGAAACACUUCAAGCAUGCAGAUUUGCAUUACAACUCUGGGGUGGGGACGUUUUCGCACAGGAUACGGAUCUUCAAAAUGAUGGACACGAACAGCUCUGUAUCAAAUGCAAAUAUGUCUGGGUCUGGAAGGAUGCAACUUGUGAUGCUGCCUUUGGACUCUACAUAAAAUCUGUAUUGCGUGAACAGCACAAGAGGUGUAAUUUGUGCUACGCGUAUGGCGGACGCAGAAACUUUUCUUCAAGAAACUUUUUUUUUUUACCCAUGACCUCGGCCUGUGCAUGAUAGGCCUUGCAACUUUAUAUAACGGGUUUACGAAGGGAGUAGCAAGCCCUGCCACGGCUCAUGCCAAGCCAAUCGCGUAAGCACUUGCGAAGACGCUUCAGCAGCAACAGGUGCUGCGGGCUUUUGGUGUUCCGCUAGUCUUGGUCCCGUGUCCCUUUCAUUCCCGCACGCCAGCGCCCGUCUUAAUCGGGCUUGAUGCUACCGGGGCACGCGCCUUCUUGCGCAGCACACGCUGUGCGGAGGCCACCUUCUGUGUUUCACCGAAGGAGCUGACAAGUGCGCCGCCUGAGGUCGCCAUCCCCCUUCGAACGUAUUCUGGCGACCCUUAGGGAGGGUAAAAUACGGCCCAAAUAGCGUUCUCAAGUGCGGGAAGGCUUCUGCGCCGUUUCCGGAAGCAACGUCGCGGAGAAGGGCGCUGCCGGCCCUUGGCCAAUCUGCCAGAACCCAGCGCGACGCCGGCGACCGUGCGCAUAGACAAACCAACCCGCACGAACGGCGCCUCUUGCGCAGAGUUGCCUCGUAGCUCGAAGAUGUCCGACCUCGUCUUGAGGAGACACGCCGAAAACACCAGAGGGGGGCCCCUCGGAGGGGGGUUGGGGGGGUGGGUUGCGCGACCCCCCCUGCGUCCAUCAUACCAUGCGGGCUAGCAAAAAAAGGGGGUCCCGAAGGGGGGGGGGUUUACUCCCCCCCUCCGGGGCCCCUCGAGCCGGCAUUUUUGCGCUGCCCAAAAGGAUUUCCCGUUGUCUGCGUUGCCGCCAGGCCGGGCGAAAGACCUGGGGGCUUAGGGCAGUGUGGGGAAGCCCGGCGGAAGAAAGCCCACUGCGCGCGGGGCUCUGCGAGGUUUUUCUCGUUCUAAGCUAGAGCGCCUCCACGCCGCUAAACCUCGGCGGGGCCCCGCAGAACAGCAGCAGAGAAGAUUCAAAGCAACGCCCGUCCUUUCCUCUGUUUCGGGGGUAGUGAGGUGAUGCGCCCAAGCCAUGACAGCCCGUCGGCACCUCUCACACUGCUAACGCGUAGCUUUGGUGGCACGAGGAGCCGGCGAUAGUGCCUGCUCUCACAGUAGCCAUCACCCCCUGCGGCAGGACCCUCGCCGCACGCACAGACCCUGAGAGGCCGCUUUCCAAUUGGUCGCCGAAUGCCUGAGCGGCUCAGACUGUUCGUCCUGGGUUCUCUUUCUAAGCCGGAGUCAAGGAAUGGCUGCGCUAGCGGUUAAGCCGUCCUAUCAAGAGGGGGCCGGCGGCAGGCGAGCAAAAAUCGACGGUAGGGCCCGCGCUUGGUAUUAGGAUGCACAGCUAUGGGCAAAAAAAAAAGUUUUUUGAAAAAAAGUUUCUGCGUCCGCCAUAACGUGGAGAGGAGAUUUCUCAAGCGUUAUGAGCAUCAGAAAGCCCUCGCAAAAUCUCUGAUGCUGGGGCAUGCAUCACAGACCUCAUGGGUCAUGCAAAAUCUGCAUGACAAACAACUGCACUCGCCCAGACCCAGACAUUUUUGCAAUCCAUAGUCCGACCGGUUGGGCGUUUCCGCGUUUACCGCGGCCUUGCAAUCGACUCUGAAGUACCCCGACGAUGGCUCGAUUUCCUUCAACGCACAGAGAAGACGGGUGAAUCUGUUUCUCAUCAUGGAUUUGGACGGAAUGGGGAGCUUGGAUCGGUACAGAGUUGUACUACAGUUUUGUUUCAGUAUCUUGUUGUGAUCAUGUAGUUGUCAUUCUGCAACGCAAAUCGCUUUUCGUUUGCGUUUCCCGCAUGACAAAUUCAUCUAGCCUCGAUGAUUAAAAAAAAGGUACGAAUUCUGCCGUGGUUUGACCCAGCAGCUGGACGCCGGAGUGAAUCUGGACGAGAAAUUAUUGCAAUGAAAAAUGCCCCCACCCCGGAACUUGGGAGCAUUUGUAUUGCAAACCUUUCCAAAGGAAACACUCGCCCUCUUGCAUGUAUCAGCGUCGCAGAUUUUCAAUCGUGAAUAGCAAAAAUUUGUAUUGCAAAAGAUCCCAGCAAGAGCGGCGCUUGUCAUGCAAGCGGCGCUUUAUACGACAAGACUCUGCAUCAUGAGAAAGAUUCAUAGUGCUUUCAUGCAUGGCAAAAAGUUUUCAUUUGGAAACUUCGCGUCACAAACUACUGCAAAAUUCGGGGUGGGGGCAUUUUUCACUGUGAUAGAAAUUCACCCGCCGCCUCCAGCGGUGGGGUAACGAGAAAUCGAAGUGGGUUUUGCUGGCGAAGGGGGCGAAAAAUUUGAAAAAACCACCGCGGAAAACGUGGCACGAUUCUUUGUCCAUCGUGAAGCCCGAGAACCUAUUGAGAGGAAAAAUCCCCCUUCCCCAUAUUGAAGAGGCAUCUUUUCGAAAAUUGAUGUUGCUGAUUUGAGGUCACAAAUCACAUUUGUUUUGCAAGAAGACCAGGGCAGAAGCUUCCGCCCCAUUACGGAAGCGAUUUGUCAUGCUGUUGGGCCUAAAGGGGAGCCGUUUGCCAUGCUGAGCAACUAGACGCAUACGCCCCUACCUAGCCUGGCGAUCUGGCCGCAGUGCUUCCCUGCAAUACAAAUCUGAUUUGUGUACGCAAAUCCAGCAUCACAGAUCUCUUUUUCGAUAUGGGGAGGGGGGAUUUUUCCUUUUGAUAGAACCCGGUGUCCUAUCUAGCAAACGUCGGACUGUCCGGGGGAAACUCCACGUCGGUGCAGGCGAACAGCGAGGAAUUAGCCCGGGCGCAACGGUAUCAAAUGCAAAUAUGUCUUGGUCUGGAACAAACUUGUGAUGCAAGGACGGGAAUAGUGAGCACACUGUAAUACGCUACACAGCAUGACAAGUUUUUCCGUGGUUCAGAGUUGCGCACCGCGCAUGAGAAACUGCGUUUUUGCAUGACAGACGCGAGGACCUCCUCGCGGGCACGCAAUACAGAGUUCAGAGUCAUGCCAGACUAACAUGACAAAUCUCGCAAUCUCCCAGACCCAGACAUAUUUGCAGUUCAUAAAAGGGCGAACGCGUUUAUCAACGUGAGGAAGAAGCUAGAGCCGAUCUAUUCCCGGCCGGGCACGAUGGGAAACAGCUAUGCAUUGCAAAUAUGUCUGGGUCUGGAUGGUUGCAACUUGUGAUGCUGCCUUUGGAUUCUACACAGAAUCUGUCUUGCAUGAUCAGCAAAAGAGGCCCAUUUUUUGCUACCCGGAGAGGGCUCUCAUGCAGUAUAGGCAUCAGAAAGCCCUCAAAAAAUUUGUGAUGUUAGGGCAUGCAUCACAGACACCAUGGGGCACGCAAAAUGUGCAUGACAAGCGCUGCACUCUUCCAGACCCAGACACAUUUGCAUUUGAUAACAGCGGGUGCGCGACCAGUUUCGGGCCCCCAAGACCGACUACCAGUCCGGAUCUGUCGCAGCUGUUUAACAUCCUAUAUCAAAAGGAAAAAUCCCCCCUCCCCAUAUCGAAAAGGCAUCCGUUCGAAAAUCUGUGAUGCUGAUUUGUGGCCACAAAUCAGGUCUGUCUUGCACGAGAGCAACGCCAGAGCUUUCGCCGCUUUACGCAGGCGAUUUGUAAUGCUGCUGCACCAACAGGGCAGACGUCUGCCAUGCUGAGCGCCCACCUCUAGCCAGCCCCUUCCAGGCUUUUUAUCUGCCUGCACUCCUAUACUGCAAGACAAAGCUGAAGCUGAUUUGUGUACACAAAUCCCGCAACACAGAUUGCCACUUUGAUAUGGGGAGGGGGGUUUUUUUCUUUCGAUAUCCUGCCCAAAUCGAGCAAGGAUUCCUCCGGGGACAGUAACCGCGGCGUUUUGUCCGCACUAAUGAACGCUUCGAAACCAAAAAUGAGUGAGAAAUCUUUCCUAGCGGAUGAGCACAGCCUCUAUGCAUUGCAAAUAUACCUGGGAGGUCGGGAGGAAUGCAAGUUUGUCAUGCUCGGCUGGUAUGACUCUUAACUCUGUGAUGCAUGAGCAGGAAAAAAGCCUGCCCCUCGCCUGUCAACAUGCAAAAACGCAGUUCUUUGUCAUGCGCAAAGCGAAACACAUAGCAGCUCGACAACUUGUCAUGCUUGGCCGCGUAUUGCAGUGCUUACCCAUCAAUCACAACUUUGCAUCACAACUUUCCAGACAUCCUGGGCUAUUUGCAGUGCAUAGCCUCAUGCCGGCAACUACGGGGGAUGCGGAGGAUGAUGAUGAAGUGUCGGACAUGCUUAUCAAAUGCAAAAAUGUCUGGGUCUGGAAGAUUUGUAGACUUGUCAUGCAUAUUUUCCAGAAGCCACGAUGUCUGUGAUGCAUGCCGUAGCAUCACAGAUGUGUAUCGGGCUUUGUGAUACCUCUACCGCAUGAGAAAUACCCUCUCCACGUAGGACAAACCCGACCCCUCUUGCUGGUCAUGCAAUACAAUUUUUUUUAGAAUCCACAGACAGCAUCACAAGUUGUGAGCUUCCAGACCCAGACAUUUUUGCAUUUGAUAAUGCUGAAAAACCUGCAAAAGCGGUUUUUGCAACAGGAGCACGUGCGGGAAGAGCGGAAAUCACGGGCCUUGUCCGAAACGGUUGACUUUGCGGAAAUGAUGUGCAGGAUAUGCAAUGCAAAAGCAUCGUACUAGUAUAAAUUGCAUUACAAAUUAGCCAGCAUUACAAAUUGAAUUUGUAAUGCUGAUUUGCCUUGAGAAAGAGAUUAGUAAAUGCAUGGCUGCGAUUACUACGAGUGCGAUACUUUUGCAGUGCAUACAGGAGUGCGAACAGCAACGCGAUCGCGCAGAUGAGCAGCGUCGCGAACUUUGGAGUACAGAUUUCGUCGUGAGGAGAUCAAGGGGGUACUAGGGGGAAGAGUGGUCUUUCUCACAGUGUAGUGAUGAAGAUAUGGGUAAUAUCAACAAUGCCAAGAAUGCGAAAAAAAAUGAAAACUGUCAUAACCAAGCAGAAGAAUUCCUAUGUGAACAAAAGGAAAAGCGAAACGAAGUGAAGUACUCAUCGAUUUUUCGUUUAUCAAUUUCUUAACUCAUUACGUUUAAAUUUAAUGCCACUUGCUGUCAUUCUUAAACCUUGUUUGUAUAAUGGCUAGAACUUCUUUCAUCUGAUCUCUAGUGCAAGACUUCAGUUGUGCCAGACCACGUAUCAUCUAAAAUUGAACCUAAUGCUUACUACCCUCGAACAAGAUCCAGCCGCGAAAGCAACUAAUGUCUAUUAAUACCACUUUAGGAGAAUAUUGGAAAUCGAAUGAACCUGCCACAAAGUCGUGAUCUAGUACUUUGUGCACUGGGGCGCUAGCGAGAAGUCCCUCACAUAGGAGUGCACGAGGACGAGUAACGUGCAAUCGUGGUUGAGGCUUUAUCGCUUCGGUCACGCUUUCUUGACCGAAUCUGAAAUGAAUUAUGUACAGGCCUCUCCCACCUAUUGAAAUUGAAGAGAAUCGGACGAUGAACAAAUGCACGAUGGCGCGAC